AUGUGCGGCGUUCUCGCUCUCAUCCUCGCCAAUCCCUCCUCCAUCUCUGCUGCUCUUGAGCUUCACGAAGCACUUUAUCUUCUCCAACAUCGAGGUCAAGAUGCCUGCGGGAUUGCUACAUGUGCAUCGGGGGGAAGAAUAUUUCAGCGCAAAGGCAAUGGGAUGGCCGCCAGAGUCUUCGAAGAGGGUUCACGUGUCAGUGACCUACCAGGAUUUAUGGGGCUUGGGCACCUCAGAUAUCCCACUGCCGGCAGUAGUGCGAAUGCCGAAGCACAGCCUUUCUAUGUCAACAGUCCCUACGGUAUCUGCUUUGCUCACAAUGGCAAUCUUAUCAAUGCCCCGGCGUUGAAGCAAUUCUUGGACUACGAAGCACACCGGCAUAUCAAUACCGAUAGUGAUAGCGAGCUAAUGCUGAAUAUCUUCGCUAAUGAGCUCAAUGAAACAAAGAAGGCUCGCGUCAAUGAUGAUGACCUAUUUGCCAGUUUGAGUAGGAUGUACGAUAGGUGCGAAGGUGGAUGGGCCUGCACUGCAAUGCUUGCAGGGUUUGGAAUUAUCGGCUUUCGAGAUUCAUAUGGUAUUCGUCCGCUGAUCCUUGGAUCGCGACCAGCGUCCCACGGGCCUGGCAAUGAUUAUAUGAUGGCGUCAGAAUCAGUGGCAUUGAAUCAGCUUGGAUUUCAUGCUGUCAGGGACAUCAAACCAGGAGAAGCAGUCAUCAUCCAGAAAGGCGGUGAACCUGUAAUCAAGCAAGUGCAGGCAAGACGAGAGUAUGCACCCGAUAUCUUCGAGUAUGUCUAUUUUGCCCGGCCAGACUCUGUCAUCGAUGGCAUCAGCGUAUAUCGCAGUCGUCAGAGGAUGGGAGAUCGGUUGGCUGUGACAAUUGCUAAUGCCCUUGGACCUGAAGCCAUCAAUGAGAUCGACGUUGUGAUCCCUAUACCAGAAACCGCGAAUACGUCCGCCGCAAGUGUUGCAAGUUACCUGAACAAGCCAUACUGCCAAGGAUUCGUCAAGAACCGUUACAUCUUUCGAACAUUCAUCAUGCCCCAGCAAGCAGCUCGACAGAAAGGAGUGCGUCGGAAAUUGAACGCCAUGACGAUGGAAUUCAAAGGCCGCAAUGUGUUGUUGGUUGAUGAUUCGAUUGUCCGUGGAACGACCUGUAGAGAAAUAGUCACGAUGGCCAGAGAAGCUGGUGCCAGGAAGGUCCACUUCGCCAGCUGUGCUCCACCGAUCACCCAUGCUCAUAUUUACGGCAUUGAUCUGGCAUCGCCUUCCGAGCUACUAGCUCACAAUAGAGAUCCGGACGCUAUUUCAAACCAUAUUGGUUCUGACAGUGUUGUGUAUCAAUCUUUAGCCGAUUUGACCGGAGCGUGCAUCGAUGCAGCACACGAUACCAGUGCAGACACACCAACCAAGUUUGAGGUUGGCGUUUUCUGUGGAUCUUACAUAACUCCGGUGCGAGACGGUUAUUUUGAGCAUCUGGAGCGCCUGCGAGGGGAGGGUCGAAAAUUCAAAGCGAUGGAUAAGGCUCGAGAAGCGGUCGCGCAUGGAGUUGCUACGAGAGAUCAGAUUGAAAUCGCUACUAAAGGCCUUGUGGUGACUGAAGACGGUCAGAUUGUACCUGCUACCAACGGUACCUCGGAGGCUCCCUUGACCAAUAUGUCAGCAAUUGAUAAAGACUCAUGGCCGCCACAUGAGGAGCCAAGUCCAACUGUGAGUGAGCGGAUGGACAUCUCGCUGCACAAUUUUGGGGACUAUCCACUGUAG